CCCACGUCGGUGUUUUCUCUCGAAUCUUGACGUUCUACUGCGUGAGCUGGGGAGCAUGCUAUUGCUCCGACCUCCACUGCUUGCAUUGCGCGUUUCGAGCUCGAGUGCUCGCCUCUCGUUCUCCCGACCAGCCAGCCUUUCUCAAAGUGUUGCCAUACGACGUCGUUUCCCAUGUACACGAGAAUUCCUAGCGUCGGCGCGAUCAAAACAGGAAUCCACAAGCUCGAACAAAGGCCACGAUGACCAGGGAAAUACGCUCUGUGUCCCUGAUCUCUCUCCAUCUCUCCCUCCAGCAGGCACCCGCGACCCUCUACACACACCCUCGCAACAUCUCGAAUCCAUUCUUAUAGUGAACAAGCUCCGGACGAAGCCUGUAGUCGAGGCUAUCGACAUGUUCCUCCGACAUCUCCGCACACACUAUCCGAAUACCACUGUCUACUCUGAAGACAGACCAGACAUUCCACCUGGAGUAGUGCCCUGGAAGUCAGGGCCCGACUCGCCCCCGAUCUCACUCAUCAUCACCCUCGGUGGUGACGGUACCAUCUUGCAUGCAUCCUCACUUUUUCGCUCUGGCGCUGUGCCGCCUGUGCUGAGUUUCAGUAUGGGGACUCUCGGGUUCCUAUUGCCUUUCCAUAUCGACGACUUUGCCCACGCCCUAUCAGCCGUCACUUCAGGCAGCGCGACAGUCCUGUACCGCAUGCGGCUCUCGUGUGAGUUCCGACAUCAUAAACGACAGCAGGAGGAGGUUGACGGCGGGAAUGAGCGCGAAGACGGCUCGCCCUGGCAGGUCAUGAAUGAAGUCUCCCUCCACCGAGGAUCCUCCCCACACCUCAACACCGUCGACCUCUACGUCGACGGGCAGCACCUCACCGAGGCAGUCUCGGACGGCCUGAUUCUCUCCACGCCGACCGGGUCGACGGCGUACUCGCUCUCGGCGGGCGGGCCUAUCGUGCACCCGUCACUGUCCGCGCUCGUGCUCACCCCAAUAUGCCCGCGCAGCCUGAGCUUCCGCCCGGUGGUAUUCCCCGGCGGGCGCGUCGUGGAGAUGAAGGUGUCAGCGCAUUCGCGCGCGCCGGCGCACGUGAGCAUGGACGGGCAGGUGGCGAGAGUCCUUAUGCCCGGGGAGAGCGUCGUCGUGCGCGCGAGCGACUAUCCGAUUCCGUGUAUCAAUCGGAGCUCGAUUGGAAGGGGCGAGGAGGGUGAAGACCAGGUGCGUUGCAUUCCUACUGUCUUGGAGGGGGCGCCGCCGGGCAAGGAGGACGAUUGGGUGAGGGAUAUUAAUAAUUUGCUGCAGUACAACGCGACAUUUAGGAGUAAGGCGCUGUUGAGGCAUGAGCGGCGGUAGCUAGCCGCAAAUGGGAGAUAAAGGGAUAAAGGGCUGCUGGGCGGGUACGUUAGUUUCGGUCGAUAUGUAUCCAUAGCACGGUCAGGAGUUGGGGGGCGUGUUGUCGUAAUCAUUUGGGAAUAUCAUUAUGAUGCAGCUUUUUCGCUUGAUCUGUCCGGCAAGAGUGCUGGAGCGAUGCUCAUCUCUAUCCUCG